UGUCAGUGUCAAAUGUAUGUCAGGCUGUGAAUAUCACCGAGCUUUUGUUUUCCAAAAAUACGUUUUUAGUCAAGAAGUUCAUUAACUUCUUGAAUAUACCUGCAAAAUAUAAAUUUAUCUUCUAAGUAGCUAAAUAUGGCUUCUACAAGUGCAGAUUCGCAAUUAUCGAUUGCCCAAAAAACAUGGGCGAUGGCGAACAAUAUUGAAACAGUUUCUAGUGUGGAUGAGAUUUAUCGUUAUGAUAAAAAGCAACAACAAGACAUCCUAGCCGCUAAGCCAUGGGAAAAAGACCCACACUUCUUUAAAGACAUCAAAAUAUCGGCUUUAGCCCUGCUCAAAAUGGUUAUGCACGCCAGAUCAGGAGGCACUUUAGAAGUUAUGGGAUUACUUUUAGGUAAAGUCGACGCAAACACUAUGAUAGUGAUGGACUCCUUUGCUCUGCCUGUAGAGGGCACUGAAACUCGGGUCAAUGCCCAGGCACAGGCCUAUGAGUAUAUGACAGCUUACAUAGAGGCAGCAAAACAGGUUGGCCGUCAUGAGAAUGCUAUAGGUUGGUACCACAGUCAUCCUGGCUAUGGCUGCUGGCUGUCAGGUAUUGACGUCUCCACACAGAUGCUGAACCAAAACUUCCAGGAACCCUUUGUAGCUAUUGUUAUUGACCCGGUCAGAACAAUCUCUGCUGGCAAAGUGUGCCUCGGAGCCUUCAGGACAUAUCCUAAGGGAUACAAACCAGCCAAUGAAGAGCCCUCAGAAUACCAGACAAUUCCUCUCAACAAGAUUGAAGACUUUGGAGUCCACUGCAAGCAGUACUACUCCCUCGAAGUCUCCUAUUUCAAGUCCUCACUGGAUAGGAGACUGCUGGACUCCCUCUGGAACAAGUACUGGGUGAACACCCUCAGUAGUUCCAGUCUCAUCACAAAUGCUGAUUACACUACCGGACAGAUAUUUGAUCUGUCAGACAAAUUGGAACAGAGUGAGGUGUGCUUGGGUCGUGGCGGCUUCAUAGUCGCUGGAGCAGACCCGCACGAAAAACGCACAGAGGACAAACUAGGCAAAGCGACCAAGGACGCGUGCAAGACCACAAUCGAAGUGAUCCACGGACUGAUGGCGCAGAUGAUCAAGGACCGCCUGUUCAACAGCGUGAGCGGCCGCCGCGCACCCGCCACGCCCAUGAUCGAGUAAUAUAAGUGUAGGCUAAUCCUGUGUAAUCUUUUGUAAGUUAAUAAACGUAUCACGACUUUAACAUA